AUGUCUAGGACUUGCCAACUCGAUGCUCCGACCCUCGCAGCGUUGGCAUCUCCAACGUCCCGGAGCAAGUACUUGCCCAUCGUGUUCCCUGAGGAGGCGCCCGUGUGCCAGGAAGGCCUCCUCUGCCGGGACAUCACGCUGUGCCCGGCGGCCAUCGCCCAAGUGCGCAGCGGCUCCCGCCCUUUCAUCUGCGGCUGGAAUCGUCACGUGGCCAAGGUCUGCUGUCCGAAGGACUCGAGGCCAGGGGAGGAGGGCCCAUUUCCGCCAGGGUUCAUCGCCUUCCGGAGGCCCGCCGAAUGUGGCAUUCUGGUCAUCCCACAAGUGAACGCAUCUGCGCGGGCGACUACUGCCAAUCAGUCCACACCUCUGAAGACGGCGGCUAGCGGGCAAUUUCCCAGGCCAGCCUACUCUUCGAAGAGGCCUGGCGUCGUAGCUAACAGCGCUGCUCCUCAAGGCUCUUCCUACAAUUCACAGGCCCACACCACCCAGGACAGUCGUCAAGGGGUGCAGUUUCCUCAGUCUGCAAAAACGUACCCAACGCUGCGGCCGAGCGUCAACUACGUAUACAAUCCUGGUCAGCACACCACACGGUCCUACUGGACGACAACACGAUCACCAGUGCCCGCGCCGCAGACGCAAACUACAAAAGGGCGAUAUCCUCAUCAGUACCAACAUCAACAUUCAGGGCAAACUCAAACCCAACACCAACGUCCUCAGCAAGGGUACCAGCAACAGCAGCGUUCAGCUCAGCAAGGGUAUCAGCAACCGCAGCAGCCAUCUCAGCAACAACAGCAGCACGUCCAGUACAGCGCCUACCAGAACAACCAUGUCCUGAACAGUCAUCAUCAGUUCGAGUACUUCGAGUACAACUCUGGUGGAAGCCCAAGUUACAUUUAUGGGCGACGGCAGGGAUCACAUUACGAUGAAGACCCGAACCCGAACCCGACCACGACACCUGACCCGGACUCCUGGUACAAUUACAAGACGUUCUCCAAGAGACAAGCUCGAGACCUCCAGGAUCGGAGGCCACGUCGAACCGGAAAAGGCGGCAAGGGUUUCAAAGACUCGGACGAGCUCGACGGAGGGUCGAAGUCCAUCUGGAGCAGUGCAAGCAAGGAGGAGGCUGCGCAGAGUGGACUCUCCGAUGACGUCAUCGCCGAGCUCAAGGCAAAGCUGCUCCGGGGACGUCCCGCUGCGGGUGGAGUACUGCGGAAUGAGGUGGCUUGGGCGGCAAAGACACACCGCAGCAAGAAACCAAGAUGGCGUACGCUCACGACGCACCAUCCGAGGCGCACCAAGCGGACGGGUAAAGUGGACGCCCGGGUGCCGGACCCGGAACUCAUCAAGGCCCUUGCGCCUGCUGUCAGCCUGGCCGUGGGCGGACAGGCUGACUACAACACCUGGCCCUGGAUGGCAGCCAUUCUAACAGGAAGUGAGCUCAAGUUCCUCUGCGGUGGGUUCCUCAUCAACGACCGAUACGUCAUAUCAGCGGCACACUGCUUCCAACGUCCACGGGCCUCGCAAACGUUCGGAGUACGUCUCGGCCAGAUUCGCGUGGACGAAGGUCGCGUGUACCGGGUGGAGCGGUACGUGGUGCACGAAGACUACGUGCGCCGGGAGUACUACAACGACAUCGCGCUUCUGCGGUUGGCCGAGCCGGUGCCCCUGGCGCUCAUCAAGCCUGUCUGCCUGCCCGGACCGAGCCUGGCGUCGUCCGACCUGGUCGGCAGGGAGGCCACCGUACUAGGAUGGGGGGACACCAUGUUCGGGGGUCCCCGGAGCGACAUCCUGCAAGAGGUGAACGGUCUGCCCGUGGUUCCCGUGAAGCAGUGCAACGAGUCCUACUCCAAGCUGCGGGGCAACCCGUUCCGCCGGGGCAUCACGCCGGAGUUCGUCUGCGCGGGUUUGCCCCAGGGUGGCAAGGACGCCUGCCAGGGCGACUCUGGAGGGCCUUUGAUGCUGGACAAUGAAGGGCGCUGGACGGCGGUUGGCAUCGUGUCCUUCGGGUACCGCUGCGGAGUGGCAGGCUACCCUGGCGUCUAUACCAGGGUCUCCAAACACUUGCAGUGGAUAGACAACAACCUGUACAUGGACUCGGUGGGCUACAACACCAUCGUGUGAAGUGCUUCGGCGGCUAUUUUGCUGCACCCGGGACCAUCUCUCGCCUGGAACUCGUCUGUGCGUCUGAGUGCGAGUGUUUCCAUCUUUCAGAAAGAGUGCAUGAAGACACCUUGCGUGUUUAUUUACCAGGAACGGUUACGUCCAUGGCAAGAUUUCUAGCGCAGGCGCAUGAAAUCUUUCGAACAUGAAGGAACAUGGUACCAACUGGUGGGAAGAUGUGGCCAAAAGUUGCAAUAGACGCCUGAGAUUGAUCGUGUGAAUUCAUGAUUUCAGAAAUCAUUGUAGGGACUGCAGCAUGAUUCCGCACGACAUUUACAAGACGAAAUAGAUACAGAUAAGAAACAGCAUUGACAAACCUGGCAGCAACGAUUUUAAGAUUUUAAAAAUACUCAAGAGAGCAACAACAAGAGAAAAAAGUACUAUUCUCUGAGCAGGAACUCGAAGACUGUUCAUACAAGCACUGUCACUGUUCUUAAUUUAGAAGUGCCAUAGUUGAACAAGUCUGAACAGGUGGACAAGCUUCUACAAAAAAAAAGAAGAAAAAAGACAGCACUAUGUGUUGGUACUCAUCAUCAAUAAGUAUGUCCUUGUACUGCGCUUGACUUAUGGUUGUAACAAUCUGCACGAUCCUAAUGAUGAAACACAACAUCUCAAGUUCAAGACACCCGGCAUGAAGGACUCAGCAGAGAACUGCAGCCAGCGGAGUGUGUCCCCUGCGAACAUUACGUGAGAGUGUGUGAACAUGAAUGUGAACGUGUGAGUGAGUGCAUACAGAUCCGCCUUCUGAGACAACGUGCACUUUUAGGAGGCUGUCCUUUCGUUAAAAAAACAAUCAAUUGAAGAAAGUGCACUGCUCAGCGAGACAUCUUGAAGGCGUUGGUGUGCCGCAUGGCAGAAUCGUGCGAUGUUCAGUUAUGCGCCUGCGACGUUGCGGGAAGAAAUGCUGGGACGUUUCAACGAAGCAGACGAGUCAUUUCAUUGUUUUCGUUUCACUCCUAUGUAACACUGGUCAAUGAAGUGUGAUAA